UGGGAAGGCGCUGCCUAGUGUCAGCAAAGUGUUGGUGGAGGCAGUUCAGAUGUGGUACGUUGCCCUUCCAUUCUAGGAACUGGACCGCUGGGUUUUAUUUCCCCUAGCUGGAGUUUUAGGCGAGAGACAAACAUGUCUGGUCGCGGAAAGCAGGGCGGCAAAGUGCGGGCAAAGGCCAAGUCCCGGUCCUCUCGCGCAGGCCUGCAGUUCCCGGUGGGCCGAGUGCACCGACUGCUGCGCAAAGGUAACUACGCAGAGCGAGUGGGAGCCGGGGCGCCGGUGUACCUGGCGGCGGUGUUGGAGUACCUGACGGCGGAGAUCCUGGAGUUGGCUGGCAACGCCGCGCGGGACAACAAGAAGACCAGGAUAAUCCCUCGCCACCUGCAACUCGCCAUCCGCAAUGACGAGGAGCUAAACAAGCUGCUGGGGAAAGUGACCAUCGCCCAGGGCGGCGUCCUACCCAACAUCCAGGCCGUGCUGCUGCCCAAGAAGACGGAGAGUCAGAAGGCGAAGAGCAAGUGACCCUGACGCCGCCACAGGAGAGCUGGCUUCCUCAGCAAAGGCUCUUUCCAUAGCCACCCCGCAGUGUUUUUGAAUACGGUUGAUGUUAUGGAGGGCCGGCGCGAUCUAGUGGGGAGGUGGGCGGCGAGGGGCCCAUUAGGGUCGGGGGCCAAUAAAGUCGGUGAAAGUUG